CAGACGGAUGAGCAUCAGCGGUAUUAUAUGUAUAUAUAGUAAAAGCAGCGAGUAAAACUAUUCUGCAUGCACCGUGAACGUUUUUUUUUCUUUUUUUUGUUUUUAUACAUUUCACAUGAUUGACACUCUCUGUGUUACUUACAUUGUGCAUUGUUAAGUUUAUACUUACCUACUCCCUCAUCUGUCAUGUGCGGCGUGCGAGUGUAAAAUAAAUCAUCAUUGGUUAAUCAUGUCCAAAGAUCCGUCGUCGUUUCUGCAGCUGCAGCAUCAUCAGGAUCACUGACGACGAUGCAUCAGCUGUGCAGUUUUUUCCGUUGAAAGUGGUGGUGUGUCAAGAUGUGUAAAAGAUUAAUUCCAUAUUUCGCGCACGAACAUGGGGCUGGAGCUUCUGGGAAUUUUUGUGCAGUUAUCUUGACUUGGAUCAAUGAACAUAAAAAUUAGCCAUGAGCAGCAAGACUAGCAGAUGACUAUUCUUUUGAUUCAUUUUUUCUAUGCUAAUCCUGGGAAAACGAAAGGGAUCUGGUUAAAGGAAAAUAGAAAAAAAAUGGCAGAAUGUAAUGAAUUGUAACAAUAAAUUGGUAGUGGUACACAUGUGGACACAAUGAGAGCUACUGUAAAAAUUGCGCUGCUCGUGGCUAUUGUCUGCAUCACAGACUUUGCCCUGAUUCAAGCUGAUCAAAUAUGUGCUGUAUCCAGGACAUGGAAUACAAGUGAGUCUGAGCAUGCAGAUGAUAGUGAAAUCGAGAAUUCCUACAAUGUCAAUGAUCGUAACCAGACUGGCAAGCAUGUCAAAUUCGAAAAAUGCAAUCAAUAUUGUUAUGCUGCAUGGGAAGAAUCAGUUACAUCAAAUGGAACGACAAUAAAAUUUAUUAAUAUGUCUCUUCAGGGCUGUUGGAGUCAAGAGGGUCAUGAUUGUGAAAAUACAGAAUGCAUAGCAAAAUUGUAUACAAACACAAAAAUGCAUACUAAGUUCUGUUGCUGUAAACAUGAUUAUUGUAAUGUGAACGUUACUGAUUAUGUGGACAACAAAUUAAUUUUGACCAGUCCAGCAAGUAAGAAUAAUUUAAGUGUGUCUGUUACAGCUACAGAAUUUUCGGAACAAACAGAUACCGAUCAAAUGAUCAUGAUUACUGUUACCAUAUUAGCUUGCAUUUUACUAGUCACAUUUACAGUGGUAAUUUUGAUAUAUCAGGCCUACAAAAACAAUAUUUUAUUGAGAUUGGGUAAGCCAGUGCCAUAUAACGAUAAUUAUAUGGAUGGUAAUGGACUCAGAACUGGUACUUAUACUGUUGACCAUCUAAAAUUGUCAACUAUAGUUGAUCAAGGAAGAUAUGGAUCCGUCUGGCAAGGUAGUAUAGGAGAUGAAGAAGUAGCUGUAAAAAUUUUUCCUGGUCACCAUCAAAACUACUUUUUAAAUGAACGUGAUCUUUACUGUCUACCUUUUAUGGAGCAUCCUUCAUUACUAUAUUAUUAUGGAUCUGAUGAAAGAGUAAGUAUGGAUGGUAAUGUUGAAUACUUAUUGGUGUUUUCCUAUGCGCCUGGUGGUACUUUGACGGAAUUUUUACGCUGCCAUACCUUUGAUUGGAUGACGUUUUGUAAAAUGAGUUUGUCAGUAGUUAAGGGACUCGCUUAUUUACAUACCGACGUACGUAAAGGAGACAAAUUCAAACCGUGCAUAGCACAUAAAAAUAUGUGCUCUGGUAAUAUUUUGCUCAAAGCUGACGGUACUUGUUGCAUUUGCGAUCUAGGAAUUGCAGUUCAGAUCUUAGGAUCAAAAUAUUAUUCAGAGGAUCAGCACGUUGAAACUAAAUCGAUCAAUGACGUUGGUACGUUGCAAUACAUGGCCCCAGAGGUGCUCGAAGGAGCGGUAAAUUUGCGUGACUGCGAAAGUUCUUUGAAGCAAAUCGAUGUAUAUGCAAUGGGCAUAAUUCUCUGGGAGCUGGUAUCUCGUUGCACUGAUAUUUACGUUUCUGGUAACGAAGUGCCGCAGUACAGACAGCCGUUUGAAAAGGAAAUUGGACUUCUUCCAACGUUCGAUCAAAUGCUGGUGUUGGUUUCCCGUAACAAGGCAAGACCUCUUUUUGAAGGAAGCUUAGUUGAUAAGCCAGGGGUACGUUUAAUUAAGGAAACAAUGGAAGACUGCUGGGACGCCGAUGCAGAAGCUAGACUGACAGCCCUUUGCAUAGAGGAGCGAUUAACGGAGCUUCAAUCUCAUCGAAUUACGAUGCAUUUUACCGACGGUAGCCCAAUGAUGAAUUCGCACUGUGGACUUGUGCCUUCAACGACGAAUAGCCUUUAUAGUGAUGCACCUAAUCGCGAUGGUGCUCACCACGUGGUGCAGAUGAGUGGAAACGAUUGUAGUGAUCUUUUGGAAAACUUGGUGACCUCAUCUCCCAGUGAAAGCAAUUCCCAUGAACACAGCAGCAAAAACUCAAACGAGACAAACGCGGCCAGCUUGUCGGCGCAUCAUCCUCCACAACCACAACUGCAGCCUUACCAGGGCCGCAAUCCAUGCAUGGAGCGUAACCUUAUGAUGCAGUCGGAUUCGUCCGAAGAGCUUGGCUGCCAAGGCAACAUUCUUGUCAACAAAUCGUAUAAACAUCACACGGACAAAGUGCCCCAGCCACCAAGCAACAGCAGUGAAACUCAAAGCUUAGUGCCUCACGAUUACCUUGGUCAACAGCAGCAGGCGCAGACACAACAUCACCAUCACGUCAUAAGUUCGCAGCAGCUGUCACUGAGAUCUGUUACACCUAUACCUUAUGUUCAGAACGUCAUCUCAGAAUGCAGUGGAAGCGGCGGCUCCUACAACAAACUAAAACAGACCAACAUCCAAGAGUCCUGCUACACAGCGCUGCCUAGCAAUCCACCGGAGGGCAGCCCAAAGCGUCUCCUUGGCUUCUCCGGGUGGGCAAGUCUGAAAAAAAUUCUUUCCAGUAAAAAAUUAAUGUAUCAGCAGCAGCAUCCGGCGUAUAGUAAGUGCGAAAUCGAGCGCGAAGAUUCCAAGUCAAACCUCCUUGUUAACAAAAAUACCGCGGCGGCAAAUUCUCACCAGCCUAAAAUCGUCGAAACCAACGUGAGCAUUUUACCAGGUGGCAAAUAUGUGAAUGGUAUCGUUUCUGAAAAGACUAAAAAUAGCGACCCAUCUUUCAUGUGUGACUCUGCUUCGAGCCGGCCCUCGACCCUUCCCCUUGUUAGUUUAAGACGGAGUAAUUCUGGUCACAAAAGAAAAAGCGAGACGACAAGCCUUAGCCAACAGGAGAGCUUAGAUAGGUUUAACGAGGGUACGAACUGUGACCCCAAAGAUACCUCUAACCGAGGCGAGCCAGCUGCUCCUGUGCGUAAAACUCGUGCCAAGAAUCCGUCAACAAACGCUAGACUAUCGCUGUAUGAUGACAGGAUCAUGUGUAGCAUUACGAAUGAGGAGAGGGAUAAGAACGGGAGAUCCUCCGAUAUCAAUAGUCCCUCUUCUUCGAACUCGGUGCCCUUUAGUAUGGACGUUACUGAUGACGAGCAACAAAAUAUGACUGCCAAAAUUGACGCAAGAAACGUAACUAGCUUCUAAUCAAAAUUCAAUGAUACAGACUUUGGUGGAAAUGACUUUUAUUCUCUUCUGCAUUUUCUUUUCAACCGACUGUAUAAUUUAACACACCUUACCUACUUAUUUAUCUCGCUUUUUGUUAUCUUUUAUACUCUCUUGCUGUUUAUUUGCAGAACUGUAAAUAUCCUUGUUUUUACUAAGCAAGAAUUAAUAUUAAGGUUUUUCACUUGUUUACGCAAUUCACCCAGGCAAUUAUUUCCAUCAGGGUAAAAAAAAAAUAAACGAUUGCUGACUAGAAGCACACAUGUUAAAAAAAAAAAAAAUGACAGCAAUUGUACAGAGAUUGUGUAUAGAAUUAUUUAUAGUAUAAAUACGCAUAGAUAUAUUUCAUUUUAUACUUAACAGUAAAAAAAAAAAAAAAAAAAUUGACUGUAGGCUUUUGUCAAAAUUCAAUAUUAUAAGGAGAAGCGUUGCCAGAAGUGUUUGUAAGACGAUAAAACCUGUGAUUUUUCGAUAUUUUAGACUUUGAUUCUAAUAUUCAAAACCAGGAAACGGUUGGUAUUUAUUUUUAUCAAGGUAUACCAUUCAAAUUGAAUGAUUUUCAACACUUAUUUUAAAAUAUGUUUGACACCUCAAUAAUUGUGAAAAAUUUUUUUUUUCAUUUUACUACUAAUUACAAAAUUAAUUUGUAUAAAUAAAUUUAAUAAUUGGUAUGUAACUCGAUGACGCGGACAAUAUUUAAAAUACAAGUUUUAAUAAACUCUAAAGAAAAACUAAAGAAGAACUUUUAUACAAAACUCUGGAGUACUUAACUUAUUCUUUGGAAUUGCAUAAAACCCAAAAGUAACAAAAAAAAUUGAUUUUUUUCGACACAAGUAAUUGUUUGAAAUCACAGGUACAUAAGAUUAAGAGUGAUUGUUAUUUUUCACUUCUAUAGUCGUAUUUAAAUAGACUUAUCGUUGCUUUUUAUAGUUUAAAAAAGUAAAACAAUGAA